AUGUGGAAUACCGCGGCGGUGGACACUCCUGUCCUCAACAACUUCCUUGAUAGCAUCGGAGGGCUGGUCCAGAGCCGGGAUGGCGCGAAGCUACAGGACUUUCUACAGCUUGAACCUCCUCUCUCCGCCGUUUACAACCAGAUGAUUGCCGAGUUACAGCAGAGGUACCCUCCUGGCAACAGCAGCAAAGAUGCCGCAUUGCUUUCCAAAUGCGAAGGCCAGCUGGCCGGAGGCGAAUUGGGCAGCUCAUGGCCCGCGUUUCCUCCAUUUAUGCGCCUGUACUUGACGUUCCUGCGGGAUGUCAACGUCGACAAUCUUCUGGAAACAUAUAAUCUCCUCAAAGGCCUGCUGAACCAGAGCGUAAUUGCCCUAGGAGACAGCCAAAUGGGCGUUGUUAUCUUACCCACUGCUCUCUACCUAAGCAAAGUACUUUCGAAGCUCGCGAUCGGGCUCGACCGCCAGCCAGAAUUGAUCGCACACCUACUGAGGGACGAAGGGGCCGAGCCAGGUCAGGGCGAGACAGGGGAGAAGGUCACGCUCGUCGAGAAGUCAACAAACAUCGUUCGAGAAGCAUUUAUCAAAUGUCUCACCGAUAGGAGUGGCACUUCUGGGAUCCAUGCCAAACCAGAAGGAAGAAGAGCAGGAAUCUAUCUGAUGGCGAAUCUGUGCCUGAAGCUUCUAUUCAAGUGUGGGAAACUGCGAAACGCCGAGCAAAUGUUUGCAAGCAUCAAUUCACAAUCGCCGCCGCUCGAAUACUUCCCUGCUUCCCAGAGGGUGACCUACUUAUAUUACCUAGGGCGGUAUUUCUUUUCAAAUAACCUGUUUUACCCCGCCAUGAUCGUGUUAGAAGCAGCAUACAAUCAGUGCCACCGACAGGCGCUGAAACAGCGAGGAUUGAUCCUCACCUAUCUCAUACCGUGUAAUAUUAUCCUGGGCCGGUUCCCAUCACAAACACUGCUGCAGCGGCCGGAAGCAGAGGGACUAGGGGAGAAGUUUAUGCCUCUGUGUCGAUAUAUUGCCAGAGGAGAGGUACAUUCCUUCAGAGACUAUCUCUCUGUCAACUCGCCCUAUGCAGAAUGGUUCGCCAGGAAGGGGCUGCUACUUCAGCUCCGUAACCGAUGCGAGAUCCUCGUCUGGCGGUCGCUCACGCGGAAGGUGUUCAUUCUAGCCGGGUUUCACGGUGAUCAGAAGUUGCAGACCCAGCGAGGACCACCGCCUUUCCUAUAUCUACAAAAGCUCGAAGCAGCCGUUCGAUGGCUCGAUAGCCGCGUAUCACCUCAAUCGCAGCAACAGCCGAUGUUAAACAUACCGAAGCAAGCUGGGCUUCAACUUACUUCAUUUCCGUUAGACCCUGACUUUAUCCCCGAACACGAAUCGAACUCUGAGCUGGCAGACGAUUCAAAAUUUGACGAUUACAGCAACCCCGACUGGUACUUUGACCAUAAUGGCCACCGUGUCGAUGUCCGGGCCCCCGAAGAUUUGCCCAAUGAUGAGUUGAUUGACGAGGAGGAGCCCGCAGACCCAUACUCGACGCUGCUACCAGACGAAGACACCACGAACGGAGACCAAAGCCAAGAGACUGCCUCGCCUCUGAUGCAAGAGCUAGAAGCUGUUCUUGCUUCCCUGCUCACGCAAGACCUCAUGCGAGGCUAUCUCACACACAAGAACCCGCGAUACGCAAUACCGGGCGCCCGGCUGAAGGGCGCCCUCCCCACCGGAUUUCCGAACGUGUGGCAGACGAUCUAUGCCCGUGAACGCGAAGACGACCAGAUCCCCGGAUGGGUCAGGCCUCCUGGAUCCUUGCGCGGGGGACGUAGACCGCCAGCUGGAAUUUCUGCGGCCGGCGGACGGGUCGUCAACUUGAGCGGCGCCAGAUCUAUCAGCGAGAUGACGGGGAGCUGA